ACAGAUCGGGUUGGGUAGUCAAUGACAUUAGUAGAUUUAUUUAUUAAACAUUGUUCUUUGUUAAAUUCCUCUUGAAAUUGUUAAUUAAAGCCCAAAAAUGUUAGCUUUAAUGAACCGAAUAUUGGACUGGUUUAGGAGCCUGUUUUGGAAGGAAGAAAUGGAAUUAACACUAGUGGGGCUCCAGUAUUCCGGAAAAACAACCUUUGUGAAUGUUAUUGCAUCUGGUCAAUUCAGUGAGGACAUGAUCCCAACAGUUGGCUUCAAUAUGAGGAAAAUAACAAAGGGAAAUGUCACGAUCAAAGUAUGGGAUAUCGGGGGCCAGCCUAGGUUUCGGUCGAUGUGGGAGCGCUACUGUCGGGGCGUCAACGCCAUAGUAUACAUGGUAGACGCCGCAGACCCCGACAAAAUCGAAGCCUCACGAAACGAACUUCACAAUUUGCUCGACAAGCCACAGUUAGCGGGAAUACCAGUUCUAGUGUUGGGAAAUAAAAGGGACAUGCCUCAGGCGUUAGACGAAAAUGGCCUUAUUGAAAGAAUGAAUUUAUCUGCUAUCCAAGACCGCGAAAUAUGCUGUUAUUCCAUUUCUUGUAAAGAAAAAGACAACAUUGACAUCACUCUUCAGUGGUUGAUUGCACAUUCAAAGUCUGGCAUGCGCUAAACAAGCUGUUGUAUUAUGUGUAAAACGUCAAAGUAAUCAUAUUUUGAACAAUGCCAAAUUUUGGUUCAUAUGGUGCAAUUAUUAAUUUAGUCCUUAUUGUCGGCUGUGCAUAAACACCAGUCUCAAUUCCCCCAUUGAUCUAGAAAAAUAUGCUUACUUUGAUACUCAAAUUUCUAUUUUCCAUUUCAAAACGUCUGUGGACCAUUCGCGCUUCGUGUGUACCCCUCAAACAUUUUGAUUUAAGUUAAGUUUCAAGACUAAAUUGUGUACUUUUGAAAUUAAAAAUAGAAAUUUAUAUCAUAGGUUAAUCACUUGCUAAACAAUGUAGAUGUAAGUUACCAUAACUCUACAAAUGCAGUUAACACGCUGAUUUUUCUAUAAUUAAAUUCAUCGUUGUUAGAACGUUGCCGGUUACUAGUCUCUCAUGACUCGAUUGCUUUCAUAGUGUUAAAAAAAAAAAAAACAGUGAAAGUAACAAAUUAUUCUCAUUUUUUUCCACAUUUUAUUUGUACAAAGUGAGAUUUUUUAUAUAGUUUUUAAUUGUGAGUACUGAAUCUUUAUUUCACAUUCACAUCAAUAAUUAAGGUCUAUUAUUUUCUCAAUUAUUGUAGAAAUUCUAGGUCUGGAAUAAAAAUAUCCAAAGUG